UUUACAGACGCUCCCUGCCGGCGGGGACAGCACGACCUGACCUUCAGUCUGGGACCUUCGAUCGGUCCCGCAGCGCGGGACGAGAGCGCCGAGUGGAAGCCGAGGCGGCAGCGGCGGCGGGACUGGCUGCAGAGGCCGGGGCCGCAGCAGAAGCGUCAUGUCGGAGUCGCCCCCGCAGGGUGCCGAGCGCGACCUUUUCCGGGACACGUGGGUGCGAUACCUGGGCUACGCCAAUGAGGUUGGGGAGGCCUUCCGCUCCAUGGUGCCAGCAGCUGUGGUGUGGUUGAGCUAUGGUGUGUCCAGCUCCUAUGUGCUGGCUGAUGCCAUUGACAAGGGCAAGAAGGCAGGAGACGUGCCAGGCCCUGAAGCAAGCCGCAGCACCCGGGUGACUGUGGCUGUGGUGGACACCUUCGUGUGGCAGGCUCUGGCCUCUGUGGCCAUCCCAGGUUUCACUAUCAACCGGGUGUGUGCAGCCUCUCUCUACGUCCUGGGCACCGCCACCCGCUGGCCUCUGGCUGUCCGCAAGUGGACCACCACUGCCCUGGGACUCCUGGUCAUCCCCAUCAUCAUCCACCCCAUUGACAGGUCGGUGGACUUCCUCCUGGACUCCAGCCUGCGCAAGCUUUACCCCUCAGUGCAGAAGCCCAGCUCCUCCUGACCCCAUUGUAGUACCUGGCCCGGGGGGUUGCCCACUCCCUGCUUUGUUUCAGCCUCCUCCUCCUGCCAGGGGAUGCGAUGCUUGGCUCCCUGGGGUCCAAGGCCCUGGUACCUGAGUGGGUCUGAGCUGGAUGAAAACAGAAGCAAAGGCCUCAAGGAGCAGCAGCUGCAGCGACUCAGACAGGGGCAGGACCUGAACCCUGUCUGCUUCUGUGGAAUUCGUGAUACUGAGCAGGAAAGGACCCUGGGUAGGCCCAGGCCUGUCUUUUCACAGGAAAGUAGCAUCCUCCCAGGGAGGAUAAGGAAUAUAGCCAAGAUCACUUGGCAAGCUGGGGACUUGGAACUUCCAGAAGCUCAGCCAAGGCACCCCAAGGCAGCGUGGCUGGACAGAGGAGUGGCAGGCACAGGGGGAAUGCAGGCAUGCAGUAGUGGGAACCCUCCCUGAGGACGGACUUCUGGCCAGCCCUCCACAGAGCAGGGGCUACGGGGGCCUGGCCGAAAGGCACAACAGCCCCGGUCUAAUAAAUCCUCAAGA